AUGUCUUACGAUCGAGUGCUCCCCAAACCGCCCGCUUUCCAUUAUGACUCUCAAGUCACCCUGUCUCGACCGACUAGCAAUCUCCUCGAGCACAAGAUCAUGAAUGACGACCUCACCAAGAUGUCUGUGAUGGAUCAUCGAAGAGAUACUCCCGCCGUCGGAGCUUCUUGUCGCUAUGUGGCCGACGCCCUCCCCCAGGUCCAUCUCUCCUCUCUCAACCGGGCCAAGAUCGCUUUGAAUAAGAUCGCUUCCACCGCGCCCAUCGACCCUCAGAGGUCCACGGAGCCGGGGUUGGCCCCCCAGCUGGCCCUUCGAGAGCGCUCCUCGGUCUCGGAACGCUCCUCCUCCGCUAGCCCUACCAAGAGGGAGAGCGAGACCAAUUGCCCAAAUCUCCACCGCACGGCGUCCUGCCAUCUUCUAACACUCAUUCCCACAGCCUUCAUCCUCUAUCGCCAACACUACCAAGCGGCAGUCGUGGCUUCGAACCCGGGACUCGCCAACCCCGAGGUCUCCAAGAUCAUUGGCAUCCAAUGGAGGAGUUUGCCCCAAGAUACCAAGGAUGAGUGGAAGAAACUCGCCGAGGCUGAAAAAGCCCGGCAUCAACAGCAAUAUCCGGAGUACCGGUAUCAGCCGCGCCGUUAUGGACGAGAUGGCAGCUCUCGAGGCACGAGUUCGGGGAUCAGCCACAACCCCAACGGCUCGAGUGUCUGCAGUCGGUGUGGUGGCCGAGUGAUGAACCCGCCCGUAUCUCCGGACGCCAUCUUCACCCCAAAUGGGUCCACGAGCUCGAGCGCUUCGUCGGCGACUCCAGAGGCGGCCACGGUCCGUAAUUACCACUGCCGGACGACGGAUGCAGAGCGUGUCCCGCACCCGAUCAAGGUCGAGACGGCGAAGGUUGAGACUGAUGGGGGCCAUCAUGCGUCUCGGCAACGCCAGUGGGAGGAGAACGGAGCUCGAUCCCCAGACUCGAAGCGUCGACGUUUUAACCCCCAACCCACCUUCAAAUCGAAUUCCCAUCACGUCCCGCCGAAUUAUCGAGGCCCACAUCACACCUUUCAAAUGUGGCAGCCGCCUCGACCGCUGCGUAGUGCGCACUCAGGCCCACCGCAUGAUCCCAGCCUCACGCUCCCUCCCCUGCAAACGACCGCGACGACUCCCAGUGCCAUGACCCCAGUCACCCCGUUCCCCAAAGAAGGGUCGAGCGUUGAGGCGACAGUGAUGACGAUCCCGUUCCUCAACAAGAUCAAGGUUAUCUCCAAGAUUGCACCCCCGCUGACCCCCUCAUUCCGGGAAGGGGCCGCUCAAAGACGGGGUGCCGUGAUCGCUGUGGAGGGACAAGAUUCGAAGCUGGUGAACGCCAUGGUGGAACAUCUGAACCACGUGCUGCAGAAAGAAGGCAAAUAUCAACCUCGCGUCUUCCCCGGACCCAAGGUGCCGACGGGGGAGAAAUACGCGGAGCCCAACCAAGCGGGUCAUGGACAUUGUCCGCUUUGUCGCACCCGAGCUAUCAGAAACGAAGUCGGUGGACGGGGAAUCUGCAACGCCCGGGAUGUCCCCAAGACCAUCAUCCCCAAGACGGCAGAUAUGCACAUCCGCUCGCCGUCCCAGUCGAGCGACAACGGGUCGGUAUCAGCGGGCUCUUCCUCGGGAGCAAGCACGUGUUUCGUUCCCGUCGCCCUCGUCCCUCAAUAUCAGCUGACGACGGCGGAUUUCUUCGCCUGCUCGGUUCCCCUCAAUGACUCGUACGCGGUGUUGGACCACUGGCAGUGGAUGGCAUCCCUGUGGCGGGGAUGCGUGGGGGCCGAUAUCACCGUCUACAUCCGGGACUGCGAGAGAGAGGAGUUGGACCGGUACGGGGGAAACCCCGUCGAGGUGCGUCUUCAGGACGCACGGACUGUGGUGCUACGUCGAGCUGCAGGGUCCACGCGGGACCUUGACGAAAAGGCCCUGAAACGUGUUGGAUUCGAAAUUGAGUUUUUCCUCUCCCAGUGA